UCGUUGUUCGACUGAUCGCGGGGUUGCAUCUUCGACCAACUGUGCGCAGCGCUGGGCUGUGUGGGAUUCUUCCCGCUCACCCUUGAAGCAUUGCAUUGCCUAUAACCACCAGCAGCAGCGGCGGAGUAAUGCCAAUUGCAUGCUGCAACAACAUCAUUAUGCAGUAUUUCACGGGGCGCACGUUUGUUGCCACGUUUAGCAACGUCUUGUGGAUACCAAGACUUGCGUUCUCACCAAUAUAGGUUCAGCUUUUCACGGCGGAGGUGUUUGGAAGAGAAAGAGCUGAGAUAUCCAUUUCUUUUCCUCUCAUGCAUGAAUUGCUAGAAUCUCGGUACGGUUUUCACCUCUGCUGAUUCUCACGCUUGGAUUUGCGGUAACAACAAUUUCGUAGAAGGUAGGCGUCCGCCUGCACGAGCCUUGAGAUACCCGCAUCGGAACCGACGGCUAAGGAGGGUCAAUCCCUCCGCUCUGAGUCGCCUGCUCGGGGUGCCCUGGGCUAUGGGAUAGGCUCAGCUGCUACCCUCCUAGGUAGCUACUACCUAACAGCUCUGUAACUUUCAGCGGCGCAGAAAUCAUCUCCGCGUGUCUUGGAAGGCUGCACACGCCCAACUCAGGAGUUGGUAGUCGAGAGCAACCUGGCGAUUCAUCAGUCUUCUUGAGAGAGAGCCGAAAAGUGAAGGUUUUGCGCUGGUGGGGACAUCGUGUGCAUUGUUUGUUUGUUUGCUUUUUAUUAUUCUGGACUUGGGAUCACUUGCAACGAUCCGCCAUGGCGUCUGGCUCCAAUGGCACGGUGCAGGUGGAAGAAGCAACUGCAGCAGGUGGGAGUGGCCAUGGAGCUCCUCAGACAACCCCAGGGAGUGGACCUCAGACGGCCCGAGGGACGGCUUCGAAGUACGAUUUUGUCAAGGUGAAGGUAUGGUUGGGGGCCAAUUCGGAUCACUAUUACAUUUUGUCGCGCUUUCUGAUCAGUCGCAUGCUGCUUGUCACCAAGAUCCCAAAUCAUGUAGCAAUAAAAAUCUCCUUGGAGCUCAAGAAACUUCUCAUUGACAACAGCUUGCUUGAUGUUUCGCAGUCGGAUCUGGAGGCGAAUUUAUUCAAGCUGAUGGAGCGACGAGGCUAUGGUGCGGAAUAUAUUGAGCGCUAUAAAAUGAUGACCAGGUUCCAUCACCAACGAAUGCCUUUGAUAAUUCUCGUAUGUGGCACCGCUUGUGUUGGAAAGUCUACACUCGCCACUCAACUCGCUCAGCGCCUCAAUCUACCGAACGUUCUGCAGACAGACAUGGUGUACGAGUUACUUCGCACCACUACAGACCAUGUGAAUAGCGCUCCUCUUGCAUCAACGCCUGUGUGGGCCCGAGAUUUCGCUUCGUCUGAGGAGCUGAUCACUGAGUUUUGCCGCGAAUGUCGUGUUGUCCGUAAAGGGCUAGAUGGUGAUCUGAAGAAGGCUAUGAAAGAUGGAAAGCCAGUCAUUAUUGAGGGUCUUCACUUGGAUCCAGCUAUCUAUCUUAUGAAUGAGGAAAGUGGAGGGUUUGGAAGUGGUGCAGUACAAAUGAAGGCCUCACCUUCAAGGCCGGACAGUGCAGCAGUCGCAGAAGGCACAAAUAACGGAGCAUCUGGAGAAUCUGUGGUGAGUAAAGAUGAAAAAUUACCAGUGAAAUGGACUCCACCGAAAUGCAUAAUUGUACCAGUUGUGCUGAAAAUGGCUGAUGUUGAUCACCAGACUCUACUCCAGGAAUGGACAGCCAGCCGCACAGCAGAGACCGGGAAAAGUGUCUCACAAGAGGACAAAGAUGCUUUAAUAAGAAGACUUCAAAUUAUUCAGGAUUACCUCACUUCAUUUGAGUCGCAGGGUAUGACUGUGGUGAAUCUAUCUGCUACAACUUUCCCUCAAACACUCGACUGGAUGCACAGCUAUCUCUUGAAGUGUAUCGAUCAAGGAUCUACGUCACCUGGCCCAGCUGCUGGGUCUUAAUUGAGGAGCGGAUGUUGUGAUACCUCUAUUUAUUUCCGUCAGUUCAGAUUUGACCAGAAACUGUUGUGCACCAGAUCACGAUAUUCUUUUCCACCAGAUUGAGCUUUGUAGUUUAUUUUCUGUAGGGUUCUGUAGAAGACGAUUGUAUCUCAUAAAAAGCAAAACAAAAAUCUUAGAAGAUGUAA